GAAAGAAAAAGAGCAAAAUCAGAAUAAAAGCCUUUUAUUUCCAUCAUAAUACAAUGACAAGGACACAACUAUAUCAGCUGUAUCACCAUCACCAUCUCUUCACAAGCUCACACGUCACCUUCACAUUACUUCACCUCCGACGAACACGGGAACACCAAUCCACACCCUAGUUACCGUAAUUUUCCGUCGCCGGCGAAUCCUGCUUGUUUCUAUAAAUACACAAAUCUAUAUACCAAAAGCAUUAUAUUUAAAAAAGGAUAAGAGUAUAUACUAUAUACCCUCAGUAUCUGCAAACUACGGUUUCAAUUCUUCUCUCUAUCUAUAAUAAAACGAGGAAAUUGUGAGCUAAGCAGUUUCACUGUUUUCUUCUGCUCCUUUUGUCGGAACGCAUUUUUGGUGUGAAGUUAUUUUGGAAGCUUUAAAUUUUCGAGAAUGGAGGUGCUACAGUACUGGAUUGUGUUUCUCUAACACUAAAUCGUUUAGGUUUUUUUGAGACUUUCUAGGGUUACAUAUUUGGAAGAGUUAGGUUUUAGGUUUCUUUUGUGGAGAAGACGUACGGUGAAUGGCGGUGGAGUAUAGAUGUUGCGAGACAGGGUUCUUCAUACAUAUUUUGAUAAUUAUUUUUCUGGUAUGUUUCGCUGGUUUAAUGUCUGGCCUUACGCUAGGACUCAUGUCCCUCAGCCUAGUUGAUCUCGAAGUCCUCGCUAAGUCUGGAACUCCUUGUGAUCGUAAAAAUGCUGAGAAGAUCUUGCCUGUUGUCAAAAAUCAGCAUUUAUUGCUGGUCACUCUGCUUAUUUGCAAUGCUGCUGCUAUGGAGGCACUUCCUAUCUUUCUUGACAGCCUAGUGACGGCUUGGGGUGCUAUACUGAUUUCUGUCACGUUGAUUCUUCUGUUUGGUGAGAUCAUACCACAAUCUGUGUGCUCAAGAUAUGGACUGGCCAUUGGUGCAGCUACAGCCCCAGUUGUUCGUGUUCUUGUUUGGAUCUGUUUUCCUAUUGCAUAUCCAAUAAGCAAGCUGCUGGACUUUCUGCUGGGACAUGGAAAUAGAGCUCUUUUCCGGCGAGCUGAGUUGAAAACUCUAGUAAAUUUGCAUGGGAAUGAGGCUGGUAAAGGCGGAGAACUAACACAUGAUGAGACAACGAUAAUUGCUGGUGCUCUUGAGCUGCAUGACAAAACAGCUAGUGAUGCGAUGACCCCGAUAUCUGAAAUCUUUGCCAUUGAUAUUAAUGCGAAGCUGGACAGGAAUUUGAUGAACUUAAUUUUGAAGAAAGGGCAUAGCAGGAUACCAGUCUACUACGACCAACCUACAAACAUAAUAGGGCUAAUUCUGGUCAAGAACUUGUUGACUGUCCAUCCAGAAGAUGAAACUCCUGUGAAAAGCGUUACCAUCCGAAGAAUCCCAAGGGUCCCAGAUACUAUGCAUUUGGAUGACAUCCUGAAUGAGUUUCAGAAAGGUCAUAGCCACAUGGCUGUGGUUGUAAGACAGUGCAACAAGGAUAUGGAUCAUCCUGAUACCAAAUCCCCUGCAGAGAAUCCCGUGAAGGAUGUCAGGGUUGACAUUGAUGGUGAAAAGCCUCCCCUAGAGAAGAGUCUGAAGACAAAGCGAUCAUUGCAGAAGUGGAAGAGUUUCCCUAAUGGUGGAAAUGCUUCAUUCAAAAGUUCUAGGAACAAAAAGUGGACUAGAGAUAUGUACUCGGACAUUCUGCGAAUUGAUGGAAAUCCCCUGCCAAAACUCCCAGAAGAGGAAGAGGUUGUCGGAAUAAUAACUAUGGAAGAUGUUAUUGAAGAGCUUUUACAGGAGGAAAUCUUUGAUGAGACGGAUCACCACGUGGAGGAUUCAUAAUCAUAUAUAUGUUGUUAAUUAUGUUGUUGUAGACAAUGUAUAAUUAGAAAAUUUUGAUGUCUUAUUUAAGAGAUGUGUUAUACUGUACUUCCGAACAACUAUAGUAGAACAUUCAGACGCUUUGUACAAGACUCUUGUCUACUGAAGAAAUGAGCCUCAAAAAGUUACAAAAAGGUUCUUUCUGAUAUAAAGACGUUUUCAGUCA